GUUGUAUGACAAGCAGAAGAGCCAUCAAAUUUGCCUGAACACCUUCCUGCCAGAAACAUCCUUCUUUGUGCCUACUUCUCACUGAACAGAGACCUUCUUUGACAGGACAAGGCCAGGAGGUUGUCUUUCAGUCCUUUGGAAAAUGAAGGAGGAAUAACACUGACCACUAGCAGUGAGACAUGGCCUCAUUCUGGCCCUGGGCAUGCAGGGACCUCUUCAUUCCCCAGCACUCCAUGGGCUGAGCCCUUCCAGUGUUGGUCCUGGGACCACAGUGGCCUUGUGUCAGCUCAUCUCUGGACAGCAUUGGAAGUAUUUUCUUCCUCAUGGGCAAGUUUCUUGGGAUUUUUUUCUAGUUCUUCUGGGGCAAAGCCAUUCAGAGCAAGGAUCAGUUGCUUUUGCACCAUAGAGAGCAUCCUCCGAAGCAGCUCUGGAAGGGUGGGUAAUGCUGGCCAGACUGCCUGAGCUUACUGAGGGUUCCUGGCUCCACAGGCUGAGCUUUGGCAGCCGCUGUGUUUCCAGAGCCUGCUCAAAGAGCAUCAGUGCCACAGCUUUAAACAGUGUUUCAUCAUUUCUUCCCUUCCCUGGCCUGCCUACAUUUGCAAGCAGAAAAUUUUUUAGUGUGUGAUGUUUAAUGUUCUGGGCAUUUCAAAGCCUUUUGAGAAUCUGAAAGCUGUGAACCCCUCCCCUUGAACAUGUACAACUGAAUGAAACACAGGCUUAUGGACCCCAGGUUCAGAACCCUCCCUUCAGCAUGCCCUCCUUUACAGCAGCAUGUGAGAAUAGUGUUUGCUGGAAACAGGGGAAUGGUUGCAUACUUUGUAGAAUAUUAUUUCAUAAUUCAGUGUCCUGUGAGAGUUUCUUCCUUCAGUCGUCUUUUUUUUCUCUUUAGCAUGAUUCUGUAAUUGAGUUGUAAAAUUAUAAAAUAUUGAACCCAUCCUUGGCCUUCCAACCCUAAGUAAGUAAAUUAUAAUCUUAAACCUCUGUAGCACUCUUACAGAUUGUUUAGUAAUGGUUUUACACCCUGGCAUUUUCCACAUUUUUUGAGUUUACAUAUCAAAGAAGAAUGCUUGUAUGUAGAGUAAUGGGCUUAAAGGCAAAUCCCAGUUCAAAGUUUUACCAGACUCCUUACCCCACAAGUAGAGUACCUAUCUAGUGACCACCACACACAUCUUGCCCUUGCCUCUGUCUCUCUUCUUGUCCCAAAGGUUUGCAGGCUGAUGAUUUUGUUGGGCCUGUUCAUUUAAGUAAUUUUCUACUAAUUUGUGGAGUUCCAUUUAGAACUCAAUGUAAAAUCUAUCAUUGAAACUAUGAUGACUGUGAAGAGUCAUUUAAUUUUUAAAUGUUACUAGUGUUAUACAAGAGUUAUUUUCAGCAUCUGGAAAUUUCUGGAUGUGCUGGAUUUUGUGUUUCUUACAGCAGAGCAGCUGAGAGGGGGCUGGUUCUCCUUCCUCACUCCAACCUCAGGGCAGGAGGAGAUGGUACAAGGCUACCAGUCAGGGCCUAAGAUCACUAAUUUUCAGGACUGAGUAGAGCCUUGGGCACUCAUCAGACCCAUUACUAUAACUGAAGACCAGACCCGUUACUAUAACUGAAGACCUGCUCCAGGUGGAUCCUUGUGGCCUCCAGCUUCGCCUCAUGUGUACUUGGCCCUGCUGUGGGUCCAUGUGCAGGCUGCGCCACUUUUUGUGGUUGAGGCCAGGCAGGUGAUCAAGAGGUUGGACCAGGAUGCUGAAAACGUCACGACAUUCAGAAAAGAAAAGAAUGUGCUUUCCUGCUUGUGCUUAUUUCAAGGAACCAAGGCAUACUUCAACCAUCCUUCUCCUGAACUGUUUUUUCAAAUUAUCAAAACAUUGGUCCAGCCUAUUAGUAAUGCUGAUUUUAUUGUUCCGGUUGAAAUCGAUGGAACUAUACAUCAGGUGUAUGUGCUGAAGCGGCCACAUGUGGAUGAGUUCCUCCAAAGGAUGGGACAGCUCUUCGAGUGUGUGCUCUUUACUGCCAGCUUGGCUAAGUAUGCAGACCCUGUGGCUGACCUUCUAGACCGCUGGGGUGUGUUCCGGGCCCGACUCUUCAGAGAAUCCUGUGUUUUCCAUCGAGGAAACUACGUCAAGGACCUGAGUCGCUUAGGACGGGAGCUGAGCAAAGUGAUCAUUGUUGACAAUUCUCCUGCCUCGUACAUCUUCCAUCCUGAGAAUGCAGUGCCUGUGCAGUCCUGGUUCGAUGACAUGACAGACACGGAGCUGCUGGACCUCAUCCCCUUCUUUGAGGGGCUGAGUCGUGAGGACGACGUGUACAGCAUGCUGCACAGACUCUGCAAUAGGUAGCCCUGGCCUCGGCUGCCUCCGCCUGUGCACUCUGGAACCUCUGGCCUCGGGACCUACCUGGCCUCAGCUCCCUCAAGCUGAUAGUGAGGAGACUCCAUGCUCCAAGCCACAGGGUGAAUGUGGCCAUGCCUACCUGAUUUGUUUUUAAGAACAGAAACAACUAUUUUAAAAAAGAACUCUUUUAACACAUUUCAUAAAGGGACAUGCAUUUUACUGGAUUUGCUUUUCUUAAAACAUACCAAAAAGAAAAAAAUGGGAAAAAAAAGCUUGAUAUCUAUCAGACUUCUUUGAACUGUCCUCCCCUCUAACCAGACAACCUGUCCCCUUCUUCCCCAGCUCCGAGCAGCUGACCCAACUCAGAAUCUCUUUCCUACAGGAUGAAGUGCCUUUUUGAAUGUUAUUUUAAGCUGAGAGUUAAUUUUUCUACACAACAUAUUUCCAAACAUCUUUUAGUCUUUUAUUAUCUUAGAUACUCUAAGAAGAUGAACAUGACAAUUUUCUAGAGCCUGUUAGUGUGUGUGUGGUGGGGUGUGGGGUAGUGAGGGAGGGGAGUGAGUCAUAGGAACCCGUCUCCCAACAGGUUCAGCUUUGCUCUGACCACCUGUGGCAUGUUCCAGGCUCAGGCUCCCAUCAGUAUGAGGGGUUUUUUGUGACUAUGUCCUUGUCCGCACUCAUUUAUAACCCAUUUUGGAAUGUAUCUGCAGUUGUAUGGCUCAACACUUUAGGAAACAAUUGGUUCUUUUAUAUUAUGAUUUCUGAUGGUGACAAAUUUGUCUUGAGGUCACAUUUUCCCCUUGAAAAGUGACAUCAUGUCACUUGUGCUUUCACACUACUGCCAUACUUCCGUGUGUUUUUUGUUCUGUUGUUAUUGGUUUUGGUAGAACAGUUACAAGAAACCCUAAAACCCUUGGAUAUAUAUUUUUUUAAAGGCCUGUUUAUUGAUUUUUUUAAACCUUUCCUUUCGAAAAGCUGGAUACACUUGGAGCUGUUUGGGAAUUUUCUUUGCUGCUACCACGCUGCCACCAAAUGGAAUUGACCAGAGGCUGUUACACUGUUCUUUGCCACUGUGCCUAUGCUCAGAAUAUGCUCACUGCUAAGCUACAAACUUGGACAGGGUCAGAAACAGGUGUCCCACCCCAUUGCAGACUGUACCACCUGUCUCCCUUCCCUGGUACUGCUGCCAGGAAUGCAAAAGGAUACAAAGGCAAAAGGGCCAGAGCACCACACAGAUUUGAUGUUAAUCUUAACCUGCAGUCGGCAUCAGAUCCCGUGAUAAGCUGGCUGUUCUCUCUGGAGAACCUGUGGCCUCAACCAGGCACCAAGCUGACAUGGCCUAAGUUCAUCUCUGGUCGUCAUCUUAGAAGCACAGGCUGUUUUGAGCCCAAGGUUGGGUAAGCCUGUCUAGAUGUGAAACUCAUCACUUCAGACUAGGAAGAAGGGCUCCUCCUCUGAGCCUGGGCUCUCCUUGCAGCCUUUCCCAGUUUGGUGUUUAAGCAGUGCCAUGUUCCUUGUUUGACAACAAGAUAGUGUAUAAAGUAUUGCUCUUCAAAAUAAUUGAAAAGAACCCUCUUGUGUGGGCACCAUUGCCUUAGUCCUCUGUGGGUUAGGUCUCAGCCAGAGUUCUGGUGGGAGUGACUGGCACUAGCAAGACUUGAAACUGGAAGUCAAAGUAAAAUUUCUUUUCUUUUUUUAUUGCUUUCAUUCACAAAAUAAUGAAGCCAGCUGCCAAUCAUGCCCGCCCAACAGCACUUUGGUCUGUGGGCUCCUGUGCAUUCAGAAGAGAAAUAUUCAGGGGUAACCAGAUCUCCCAACAUUCUGAGUGUUACAAACCCAGUAAUCCACAUGCCAAUUAAAAUAGAAAUUUCCCCUUUAUAGGCAUUAUCACAGAUGACAAUUACAUGGCCGAUCUGCAUAUGCCACAAACCUUUAUUUGGGAACCAGUCAUUAAAUGACCCCGCUGCCUUAAAUGUCUUGAAUGUUGCAGUCAAGUGUCUAUUAUGUGUUGAUGUCCACAUGAAACUAGGCCCUAAUGAGAGCCUUAGACCUUCACCCAUGCCUCCUCCUGUGUUGGCAUCACAAAAGGCCAACACAUAAGAGGGGCAGAGAGGAUGAAAUUCCAGAAUGUUUCAGGGGAAGCUAGCCUAGGAAUAGUGUUCCACUUCUGACAGGUGGAAUGAAAACAUGUGGCAGACUUGAGCCAGACCCUUCACCUACUAGUUCCCGCAUCUGUGAGCGCCCUUGUGCUGCUGUUGCACUAAUCCAUUGCAGAGCUGAUGGGGAGGGAGCCCAAUCCCCGCCACCACAGACACAGAAUGUCUUGGGAGGGCCACCAGAGCCUCUGAGGGUUCUGCAAUCUGUGCACCUUAUUGGACCACACUCCAAAUUUGAGUUUUUAUUUUAACCCUUGAUUCUGCUUUAUGUACAUAGUUGAAAUAUCUAUAUAUUUUUAAUCACCUACAUGUAAAUAAAGCAAUAGAAUUCUAACAUUAAGGCCAAGAAAUGAGAUAAAUGUUUAGGGUUUUUUUUUAAUGGUAAAUACGGGUAUUGUUUUUGAUUCUUACCUUUUAUUAAAUUUUGGGCUUUAAAACCUAAUGAAACCUAUUAGCUAUUCUCUGUGCCAUAUAUUUCCCACAUUACCAGAAUACUCCAGCUCUUUAGCCAAAAGAGAAGUCUGACCCCAUGAGUUUCCAUGAUCCUCUCAGUACCAGGUUAAAAUGUAGUCUCCUGGACAUGUGUGCUUUACAUUAAGAUAUGGGACAGGAUUCCUUAGGUUCAUGGGCUUCAACCCACCGUGAUGUUAUCACAUCUCUAGCCAGGCCUUGAGUUGGGGGUAACCGAGAAUUCCUGAUGAUGGUAAUGCUCCAUCUUCCAUUUGCUCUGGAAUCCUAUGUGUUGGUCUGUGGUUUCACACACUAGCUAUUUGUAAACAGUGCAUUUGUAUACUAAUAAACACCACCUGUCAUGGUUGAUGGUCAGUGGGGAAGCUCCUUUGACAUGGUAGUUUUGAUGAGAUGACUUCGAGGACAUGGGGAUGCCCUAAUGACACUGACUUCUUGUGGUUACAGCAUUUGAACUUCCAGUGUAAAAAAGAAGUCUGUAAGUCUAUAACUUGGCAACAUUUUACAAUCCUGUAUUUUAAAGAAGGCUUUCUAAUAAAAUCCAGAAACACACAGCCCUAUGGUCAAAUACUCAAGAUAUUUGUGCCUCUGCUUUUAAAGGUGCUGUGCUAGACAGUUGGCAUGCCAGGGUUUGAGAGGAGUGGAUGGCUUCAUGUACUUGGAAUUACAUGUGCAAAAUUGGCUGGCUCCCUCUGUUCCUAUUUUACUGUAAAUCUGAUCAUGUCUGUUCCUGAUCCAUUUUCCCAGGAGCUUCUCUGCAGACUGAUACCCCCUCCCAAUAGUGGAGAUGUUGAUGUCUAGUAGUUAUGGAUGUCUACUGGACAUUUGAAUGUGAUAAACAAUCCAGCAUUACUUGGGAAAUACUACAUGUGGAAUGUGCACGUUUCCAGGGAUGAGUAUUGUCAAUCAAGAGGUUUGUAAUGAUUUCCUUCCUGCCAAAAUAAACACAUGAAACUGCC